CGGUAUUGUGCGCAGGCGCAGUGUGGAGGUCGGCACUGUCAGUGGGGACUGUUUGGAAAGGAUCUAUUCGGCCGUGUGUGAUAGAGAAUCCGUGUUUCUCGUGCUUGUGGUAUCGGUCACAGCUGUAAGCCAUGUCCCGGCAAGCAAAUAGAGGAACGGAGAGCAAGAAGAUGAACUCUGAGCUCUUCAAUCUAACUUAUGGAUCCCUUGUUGCACAGUUGUGUAAGGACUAUGAAAAUGAUGAAGAUGUCAAUAAGCAACUGGAGAAAAUGGGAUACAACAUAGGUGUAAGGCUGAUUGAAGAUUUCUUAGCCCGUUCAACUGUUGGAAGAUGUAAUGACUUUCGAGAAACAGCAGAUGUCAUAGCGAAGGUGGCAUUUAAAAUGUACCUUGGUAUCACACCCACUAUCACAAACUGGAGCCCAGCUGGUGAUGAGUUCUCCCUCAUUUUGGAAAACAAUCCUCUUGUAGACUUUGUUGAACUGCCAGAUAACCAUUCCACACUUAUCUACUCCAACAUGCUUUGCGGAGUCCUGCGAGGAGCUCUAGAAAUGGUACAGAUGGCAGUUGAUGUCAAAUUUGUUCAGGACACACUAAAGGGUGACAGUGUUACAGAAAUCCGAAUGAAGUUUAUCCGAAGGAUUGAGGACAACUUACCUGCAGGAGAGGAAUGACGGCAGGAGCUACCUAUCAAUUGGCUUUGUUGCUCUCUGAGGGAAAGCAUCAUUUGUAGCCCACUCUCUGAAGUUUCUUCUUUUAGUUUGAGUUUGACACAAAAGUCUUAGACCAACAUACUUGAUUCUCUACAAAUGUAAA